AUAAAGAUCUAGAAUCUAGAUAGAUUAUAAAUCUAGAUCUAGAUAUAUAAUAGAUCUAGAUCUUAUAUCUAUAUAUAUAUAUAUAAUAUACAUAGUGACCAAUAUAAAUUUAGUAUAUAAUAUAAUAGAAUUAAUAGAUCUACUAGUACUACUACUAAGUACUACUACUCAGCCUGAAUAGAUCUAGAUCUACAAAGUUUAAUUGAAGUGAAGUCUGAAGCUAUACCUUUUGGAUUGUUUGAAAAUCCCAAACGAAUUCACAAACUUGAUUCAUAUAAUCUAUAAUAAUAUGUCUGUGCCUACAAAUCCUCCAGUUUUCAACGAAAAUGGAAUAAGACAGCCUGGUGGUUUCUUUCGCGGAAUAUUUGCAUCAGGGUUUGACACUAAGUUUAUUUGCCGCCACUGCCAUCGUAUUCUACGAGAUCCUGUGCAAAGUCAAUGUGGUCAUAGAUUUUGUCGCAGUUGCAGAGAUGAAAUUCUUAAUACAAGUGAUUGUGUUCAGUGUCCAGUAUGUAUAGAAGAUCAAAUAGAUGACCAUGAAAUGGGAACUUUAGCUUUAAAUGAAAUGUUUCCAGACAAUGCAGUGAGAAGAGAAAUGUUAAAUAUGCAAGCUAGUUGUGUGUUUCCUGGAUGUAAUUGGAAAGGAAGGUUUAAAGAAUAUGAGACGCAUGAGAAAAAUUGCCAGUUCAAGCAGUUGGCCUGUUCCAAAUGUCUUUUACCAGUAGCUGAUGGUCAACUAGACCAGCACAAAGCCAAUAGCUGUCCUGAGCGCAUUGUCCAGUGUACAUAUUGUAGAGAGGAAGUUGUUUUUUCUAAGUUACAGGAACACUAUGACCAAUGUAAUCAGUAUCCCAAGACAUGUGAACAGUGUGGCAAGAACAACAUCAAACAGGAUCAGAUGUGGAUACACCAAGAACAAAGCUGUCCAAAGCGUUUAUUUGUUUGUCCAGUUGGAUGUACAGAUAAGUUUCAGUUGGAUAAAUAUACAGAUCACUUGAAACCUCUGAUUGAACCUCAUUUAGCUUGGACUAUACACAAAUUGACGCAACUAGAAUUCUCUAUCAAAGAGAAUAUUAGAAGCUGUGUCCCCCAAACAGAACUAAUACAUGUUAUGGAGGAAAUAAAAAAAAUGGAAGAAAAGGUUGUAAAUAUGGAGAGGCAACUCCAGCAGGUACUGCAGAGCAGAUCUGGAGCAGCAGCACCACCUGGUGAUAUGACAGUAGAACUCACUGCCAAAGCUAGUUUUAAAUUGGUGGAACCAAUCCUAGGAGUCAUCCAUAAUGAGGUGGAUAGAACUAUCCACGCUUUAACAACUUUAGAAGGUCAUUACAGACAACAGCAAGCACAGUUGGAUGAAAUUGAGACUCAGCUACGCAUGCAGCAGCAACAAUUACAGUUGAAAGAUGCUGCACUGGCUGAUCUUGAGAUGAGAUUGGCUGCACAAGAAAUGGCUCGUUAUGAUGGCACAAUCUUAUGGAAAGUUUCUGGAUUUGAAGCUAAGAAAAGAGAUGCCAUCAGUGGUCAGACAACUAGCCUCUAUUCUCCAGCCUUUUAUUCUGGACCGUGUGGCUACAAGAUGUGUGCUAGAAUUUAUCCUAAUGGUGAUGGUAUUGGGAAAGGGACACACAUCUCUUUGUUCUUUGUCAUCAUGAGAGGUCACUUUGAUGCCUUGUUACCUUGGCCAUUUUCACAGAAGGUGACCUUAAUGAUGAUUGACCAGAACCAUAAAGAACAUAUUGUAGAUGCUUUCAAACCUGAUCCAACUAGUUCAUCAUUUAAGCGUCCUACCACGGAGAUGAACAUUGCAAGUGGGUGUCCAUUAUUUUUGCCAUUAGAGAAACUACACAACAGACAACAUGGCUAUCUACGUGAUGAUACACUGUUUGUAAAAAUACUUGUGGAUACAGACGGCCUGGACAGAUACACAGAGAUGAACCCAUCACGAUUUACAAAUAACUACUUGCCAUAGUCUUAGGCUUUUCCCUCUGACAUCAAGACACUCACAUGACCACAUAGUGUGACACUCACAUGACCACAUUGUGUGACAGUCAAAACCUUCACAUAGUGUGACACUCACAUGACCACAUUGUGUGACAGUCAAAACCUUAACAUAGUGUGACACUCAGUAGUUCAGCCAGACACUAUUUAAUACACAUUCUAGAUAGAGAGUUUUGUGAUAAGUCCUAAAUGAGCCAAGGUUCACUUUCUGAAAAGAAAUGGCACUACAUUCUUGCUCUGAAUGAACUCACCAGUACUAUUUGUUUCAAUGUGGACAUUCUCUUCUCACUUCUUCACGCUCAAGUCUUAACAGCUGUGUACACUAGUUGGCAGUAUAACAGCUGUGUACAAUAGUUGGCAGUAUAACAGCUGUGUACAAUAGUUGGCAGUAUAACAGCUGUGUACACUAGUUGGCAGUAUAACAGCUGUGUACAAUAGUUGGCAGUAUAACAGCUGUGUACAAUAGUUGGCAGUAUAACAGCUGUGUACAAUAGUUGGCAGUAUAACAGCUGUGUACACUAGUUGGCAGUAUAACAGCUGUGUACAAUAGUUGGCAGUAUAACAGCUGUGUACAAUAGUUGGCAGUAUAACAGCUGUGUACAAUAGUUGGCAGUAUAACAGCUGUGUAUAAUAGUUGGCAGUAUAACAGCUGUGUACACUAGUUGGCAGUAUAACAGCUGUGUACAAUAGUUGGCAGUAUAACAGCUGUGUACAAUAGUUGGCAGUAUAACAGCUGUGUAUAAUAGUUGGCAGUAUAACAGCUGUGUACAAUAGUUGGCAGUAUAACAGCUGUGUACAAUAGUUGGCAGUAUAACAGCUGUGUACACUAGUUGGUGGUUCAAAAUGUCUGCUGGUGUAGUUGCAUUCAUUCCAGAGAAUCAUUCAUUAGGCAACAAAUCAUUCUUCUGAUUCUACUGUUUAUCUCUCAGCUAACAAGAGCAACAUCUUGAGUGCAAUUACUAAAUUGAACAACUCUCCAGGCUAGAGGAUUUAAAGAAGGAAGCUUCCAUUUGAGUAGACAAACAGCCAACUUGUUUAUGAACCAUGAGAGGAACAUGUACAUAUCAUGUUGUAAGAUUAAGUAGACAAGAGAUCUACUCAGUAAGUUUAAUAAUGAAUUCAAGAGAACUGAACAAUCUAAUGUAAUCUUGACUCCUUUCAAAACUAAUGCAUCCAAUAGAAUAGGAUUUAGUCGAUUUGAUUUUACUAUAGACCUGCUAAGUAAAUAUAUCCAAUUCUUAGAUGAGUGGUUGACAUGUCACAGGGAAAAGCCAAAUUUAGAUCAGAUCAUGAAAUAGAUGAUGGUUUCUAAAGUAUUGCAUUUUUUUUUUAAACUUUGUAUUUUGAUUGAAUUUCAUCAUGUUUGCAUUACAUCUCUAUAUAAAGAAUUAUCUACUUCUAUUGUUUUCUGAACUGGUCUGUCCUAUCCUCAUCAUGAACUUCCAAUCAACAAUGUAGUAUUCCAAACUUGUGCUCAUACCCAGUCAACUUUUGGUUGUAGAUAGCUGAGAUCUUUGCAUUGGAAUACAAAAAGUGAUGGGAAGUGGUAGGAAUACUUUGUACUUGUAUGUGCUACUUAUAGAUACCUCUGAGUCUUUGACUUGUAGGACAAAGUCAACUCUACAUUCUAGAUUUAUACAAACUUACAGGCUUACCUUUUCCACCAAUUGGUUGGUACAACAGUUUAUAGUUAAUUGGUAUGGUCCAUCAAUCUAUUUCUAUGCUCGUUCAACUGAUUCCUGUACUCUAUCAGCUGAUUCCUGUGCUCCAACAUGCCAACUCUUUGUUGGGGGUUGUCCAUUCAUUGAAUAGUUAGCCUCAUAUAAAAAUUAUGAAAUAAAUGUCUAUUGUAGUCAUAAGAAGUCUUGCACCAAUCACAUAGCACAACACAGGAUACAUUUUGGUUCUGGCCUCAAAUACUUUUUGUUUCUACUACAAGUUGUGCAAAGUGUUUGAUUGUUUGUAAUUAUGCCUCAGAUAUUUUUUUGUUUGGUUUUGAUAAUGUAUAUCAUACAAAAUGACAUAAUUUGUGAUCUUAAUUAAUAUUGAUUUGAUUAAACAUUUUUUUAUGGCUCUUAUACUCUACAAAACAUUCUUUUAAUAUUUCUUUUGUUGAACUAAUGUAACGAUGAAAAAAAGCUGGAAAAUGUUUUAUUUAGUUUUUAGAGUGGCUUACAAGGUCAAUGUUUCAUGCUUUAUAUUUAAAACACACUAUAAAAUGUUUUAAUGUAUGUGCUGGUUUAAUGUAUAUUUAAUGUACAGAUGUUAUUUUUUGCCUUUUCUAUUGUCAGUGCCAGUGCUGCCAUGAAUGUAGGCUCUCUUUAUAGUGUGCUCUCUAUACAACAUCAUGUAUGUGCUGCCAACUUUUGAUAUUUUUGUCUCCUCAAGUUCACUGUGAAAUUCUAUGGCUUAUGACAUUCACUAGUUUAUUUCAUAUGACCUCAUCUGUGACAUUUACUAGUUUAUUUCUAUGACCUCAUCUUAUUGUGAUGGAAUGUUGUGUUAUCACUCAACUCCUAAUGACUCUGAGAUUUGACUUCCUGACAACAAGAAAAGAAGUUUCAAAAUGUAAAAACUUGAUGUUCUUUUGUCACCCCAUAGUUAAAUAGAGCCAUUGAUUUUCGACUAAUGAGUCUUCGUUUUUAAAUGUUCACUGCAAUAAAUGUGUUAUUGAAAUUCAGCCAGUUUAGGUCCACUUGAACAAUUUAAAAAAGAUUUAGACAUCUAGAGGAGCGGCUUUAACUCCAGCUAGGGCUGUAACACCAGAUAUGCUCAUCUUAAGUUUUAAAAGAUAAAAUAAUUAUUUGAAGCUAUACUUUUCACAUUUAAUGUUGUUGUUUUUUGGCAUUUAGCGGUAAAAAACAAAUUGUUUGAGGUUGAACUAAAUAGUCCCAAUGAAAGUAUCCCAAUGAAAGUAUCACUUGUCCUCAACAGAAUUUUUUCUCAACCAUCUUCACAUUUGACAGUGACAUUGUGAUCAGUACACUUUUGAAACUCACAUUAUUAAAGUCUUUUAUGAAAUUCUCAUCAUGUGAUCAAUGUCACCAAAUGUUCACUGAACUGUAAGUAUCCUAAUCUGUAAGUAUUCAAAGAUUGCCUUAGACUUUGUUUGGCAAGAUUUUGUGGAGUGUUCUCUAUUCAGUGUCAUCAACUUUUGUUGUAGUCACUUCAUUCUGUCCUUGAACUUAUUUCUAUUGACUGCUAAGUUUGAACAAAGAGAACCACCAAGUCAUUCUUUGUGUUCACCUCAGAUUGAUCUGUCAUUCAAAAUUCUAGUUAGAAAAAUGUUUACUGGCUUCAAAUUGAACAAUCCAAACUUCAAGUUGAACCAGACCAUUUUGAAUAGCAAUUGUAAGCCAACAUAUAAGCAAUAUCUGUGCAUCGUACACACUUUGUGUUCAAUAAACACACAAGGGAAACAAA